UAAUGGGGUGAGGACAUUUUGGCAAAUCUGACUCUCAUUUUCUUGCGUCAGAGCAAUUCCUGUUGUUAAAGUCGUUCCAUUGGCAUGCAACAUUUGAGCAAUGCAUAAAACCCCACUCCUUUUGCGCAACACAAAGAAGAGUGGGGAAGCCCUUAUCAGGUCAGCAUAAAAGGAACCAGCAGAUACAUAUUAUACUGUACAUAAGGAAGUGCAUACAGAACAAACAAGUUCAGAUCAAAGAACAUUCAGUUCAACGUAUACAAGGCAAGUGGGUCUUUAUUGCCAAUAAAGACAGAACUCAACAAGACCUCAUACAAUCAAGACACAACACAGCCCAAGACUCUCCAGCCUGAAGCGAUAGGAAGCUGCAACUUACUAGGAACUUCAUCAAAUGAGAUAUACAUCCACAAUCAGCUGGAUGUCCGGACCUUCAAGCAGAAGAUGCUAAACAUUACAAAUGACUCCUUCUCCUGUUAUGAUCCCUCAGUGGAGGGCUACCGCUACUUUGGCGUGCUGUGGGGGUCCUUUGUGUCAGUUGUCGGCACAGUGGGCAACAUACUGACUAUACUGGUCUUCGCCACAGACUCACGACUAAGGACUCGCUUUAAUGUGUUGAUCGUCAACCUGGCAGUGGCUGACAUCCUGUACUGCACCGUGCUACAGCCUGUCUCCAUCGACUCCUACCUGCACCUCCACUGGAGGGGCGGCCCUUUGUGGUGCAGGAUCUUUGGCCUCCUCCUCUUCCUCUCCAACUCCGUCUCCAUCCUCACUCUGUGUCUGAUAGCAGUGAGCCGCUACCUGCUGGUUGCUAGAAGGCCCGUGUUUGAACGUGUGUUCUCUAGACGAGGCCUUGCCCUCCUUCUUCCCUCCACCUGGGCCCUGGGUUUGGCCAGCUUUGGCCCACUCUGGUCCGUCUAUGUGUUCGUCCCACAGGUGUGCACCUGCAGUUUUCACCGCACCAGAGGGCGUCCUUACUCCACCAUACUGCUCUUCUUCUACUUCUUCAUCGGCCUGGGCUGUGUAGGCUUCUUCUACCUGCUCAUCUACCGGCGAGUCCGGGUGGCAGCUAAAGCACUGGUCAAGUACAGGUUCAGCCGACGCUCAUCCAGGAAGAAGCCUCCCCUCACAGAGGCACAGGGGACAGAAGGGGACAGCAGUGUAGGGAGUGGGGUGGCCACACAUAGCUGUGAGAUCAGCAGCCAGGGGGAACUAGCCCAUAACAUGAGUGGAGACAGAGAAGAGGAGCAUACUGGGAUAUCCUCCUCCUCUCACACAACUACCCAGGGCUCUGCUUGUGCAUCACAUUCAGCUGACCCUACAGGGGGAGAGGAGCCCCCCCCUGCCCUCACCCCUGCACCACCCCCACCCAUCAUGGCUACACCAACUCCCUCUGCUGUCCUGCCCUCCUCCUCUUCAGAAGAGGAUGGAGAGUUCAAACGUGUGACCCGGAUGUGUUUCACUGUGUUUCUGUGUUUUGUUUUCUGUUUUGUCCCUUUUCUGCUCCUGAACAUCGCAGACAAGCAGGACCGAGCCCCCCAGGCCCUCCACAUGUUCUGUGCCAACCUGACCUGGCUGAACAGUUGCAUCAACCCCAUUCUCUACGCUGCCAUGAACCGUCAGUUUGGCCAGGCCUACAAAGCUCUGCUUAACAGGGCUGCCAGCCCUCUCAGAAGUCUCUGGACACACUAACUACAUCCUGGGGACCCUGUUCCAGCUAAUCAAAUGCAGCUCCCCACCAGAAGUUAGUCAAAUUAACCUCAUCUUCCCAGCUCUAAAACAAAUUAAUUUGUUGUUACAUAUCCUUAUCCCAAUUACAUCAGGCAGUCACAUGUAUUAUAAAUAAUGUGUUGUGCAGUGAUAUGCUUGAAGGCUGCAUUAAAUCUGAACUUAGUGUGCCACCACUUAAGGAGUGGUACAGAGUCAUAAAGACAUGAAGGAAGCUGUCACCCCCACACACUUUUCUGAUAUUAAUGUCUGAUAUUAUGUCUGUUUCAUGACUUGUACUAUCUAUGAAUAAUAUUAAACAUUUUAUUGUUAAUACAUCAAAUCUCAUAAUCUUCAAUAUCAAGGCUCCAAAUCAGCUAAUGUGUGAAGUCCACAUUGAUGACUCAACAGAGAGUAUUAUUACCAUAUUUCCUGCACAUGGGAUAAUCUGUUUUACACAAUAAUGGUAUAAUUUCCUCACAGAGGAACUUUUGAAUCUGUUACGGUUACAAUGCGCAAGUUUAGAGAUGCUUUGAAUGAAUAAGAUAGCAGUAGCAAACAACAUAAAAGACAGUA